GUACGAAACGAAUCGGAAGACAGCGCUUUACUUAACACUUUAUUAUCAUGUCUGACAUUUCUUUUCUCCGUUAUGGCGCAUCUGGUGUCAUCUGUCCACGAAAAUGAUCCAUAGGUUGUCUGUGGUAUCAGCUGUUUGAGACUCAGAGUUGUUCCCCUUGUUGACAUGACAACUGUGGAGGGCCAUGCAAUGGUAAGCAAGCAUCUUUCAUCUGACAUGGAGGAUGGAUCAGAUUUAGUGGACGGGGCUUGUGGGGGCGAGACUCUCGGCCCAUGCAAGGAAGGAUCGCUGGCACCAUCUGGUGUUCCGGAAACGCUCUCAGAAUCUCUCAUUGACGAUAGCACAGACAAUGUCAGCAUGGAGGUCCUGCUCGGGGAGGACAACUCGCGACACCCGAGCGAACUCAGUUCCAUUUCGUACCAGAACCUCCUCGACGACGGGGAGCCAAUCAGUGCCAUGCUUUCACGACGGGACAGCGACGAGAGCAACGACUCCUUUCAGCCUGAGCUGGAUGGCGAUUUCCCCCCCGAUGAUAUAGAACGGUUCGAAGCGUCUGACUUGCCGUUGACCGAUCGUUUCAUGAAUAAAGAAUUCAUGGUUUCCAAACCCGUGCAUAAUUGGAAGCAGCAGCAACAGCAGCAUUACACUGAUAACGAGGACCGGGAUUCGGAGGUGGAGUAUAUCAUGGAAAGAAGUAAUAUUCCCGUGAUUCGAAAAGACGAUUCCGAUGUGGAGUAUUACGAAAACAUGUCGCAGAACUGUCAGCCCAGCCUGGUUGUUCAGCUUCGACAGAAGGCUGCGUCAGCGGAAAACGUCCGGGACACCGUAGACAGGGAUGACGCCAUUAAGAAGCGGUGCAGUCUGGAGAUUAGGAAUAAUAUACCGCGGGUGUCGGAGGUGAAGAACUAUGACAAGGAUCUCCGAGAUGUCACUUACAGCAGCCAGGGUGCUAAACCAAAGAUGCGGAAGCAGUCUCCAGGACUGGCAAGAAGAGUGUGUGACAGCGAAAACGAGAACAGUGCCACCGAGCGCGACGGUUCGAGUUCGGAGCGGGAGACGAUGUCCAGAUCUGAAUUACAGCAUAUAGCUUCCCACAAACCAGACUCUAACGGACAGAAUGAUAUCGAUGUUAGUAACACUAAAGAACAUCUCAGAAUUCUGACGCCUCGGAAAAAUCUGAGCAUUGAAAAUGAAUAUGAUUAUGUGAAAUAUGCUCGUGUUCAGCAAGGCAACUCAUAUGUGGGCAUGAGGUUAGCGUACUCGAGUUCGAACGAUUCUCUCAAUCUGAAAAGAAACAGUCUAAACAGCCAGGGCAGUGCGUCUCUGGACAGCUCACGGGAAACGUCUCCGGAGAAAACCCUCCAGCAUCGCGUGGUGGUGUCCGACCAGUUCACACAACAGGAACGGGUUAGCGAAGAUACCCUGACGGAAAUUCCGCUCAAUGGAACGGACAGUUUCAUCCCUGAAGACAAGAAGAGUUUCACCCUGUCUCCGGAGAACACCGAGUGUGACAGCGUGGAGGUGGAGAGCGUGACGUCAGACGGGGAUCGCUCCACCCUCGGAAUGCCGAUUGUCGACGACGGCCUGUCGAGUAGUCAGACAAGCGACGUAGAAGAUGGCGGGAGAGAUUACGCGGAACGGCUUCGGAUGCAGCAGAAGAUGGAAAGUGAGAUCAAAAGACUAAAGGUGUCUUCCGAGCACAAAGCCAAGGACAUGGACGCCAAGGCCAUAAUGAGUGACCUGAAGGCAAAACGCGAGGCGCUAGACCUGGCCAUUGCCGACAUCAAGUCUGCCAUCCAAAGGAGCAAGGGAGUUGCACUACAGUCUUCUUACACCGAGGAUGCCAACCCGUCAGAGCCGGUGUGGGUUAGAAGAGACAGUCAUGCCCAGAAAUUGCAGCAGAGACAGGAAGAGAUGAGACAAGUAAGAGAAGAAAUCGAGAGACGACAAGAGGAGGAUUAUGCUGAGAAGGAACACAAUACUGCUUUUGAACAGGAAGGACAAGCGCAGGAGCAGGACGGGUUGCUAGACCACGAAUACACCGAAAAUGGGAAAGUCCCUCCUCUUCCCAAAGGCUAUGAGUCUGAUGAUGAGUAUGAAGACAGGGAGGGCAUUCACUACACGCGGCGAAACAAAGGCAAAAAAUAUGCCCCGCUGCAAAAGGACGAUUCGCUUGACCACGUGUGUGCCCAGAAUGGUCAAUAUGGCACACACGGCUCCAACAGCCUGCAUGCGGGUUUUGUGCACAGAGAUGGGGGGCAGACAGGCAACUCGAGCCACCAUUUGCAAAACGAUCACAAUUCCGAAUAUUCGUCUACCGAAGAUUACGGCAGUGACCUUGAACCGACCUCACAGAAUGCGUAUGUUCGGGAGGUGCAUGGAGAUUCAGACACUGAUGAAGAGACGGAUCGCUUACUGCAGAAACAGUAUCAGCGCCGCGACCAGUAUGUGGAAAUACCAGAACUCACAGAGCCCCCUGUGAACAGAAGUGCUCAGGCGGAGAAACGGCGAUCUCGUGCCAAAGAAGCAUUUCGUUUCAAGUUUCGUGACCGUACCUCGGUGCAUGUUCGUGAUCCUGAUAAUCCUGAAGUUCUGAUCGAGGGCGUCCUGUUCCGAGCCCGAUACCUUGGCUCCACACAGCUUGUGUCUGAGGGCCAGCCUUCGAAGGCCAUGAGGAUGAUGCAGGCACAAGAAGCAGUUGGGAGGAUAAAGGCGCCGGAGGGUGAGAACCAACCCAGCACUGAUGUAGACUUGUUCGUAUCCACCGAGAAGAUCAUGGUUUUAAAUACUGACCUCCAGGAAAUCAUGAUGGACCAUUCUUUGAGGACAAUAUCGUACAUCGCUGAUAUCGGAGACAUCCUGGUGAUCAUGGCGCGGCGACGUCUCAUCACCAGCCCGGACGAACAGAGUCUGCGGCGCCGGCGGCAGGCCAAGAUCCUCUGUCACGUCUUCGAGUCUGACGAGGCCCAGUUGAUUGCCCAGUCGAUUGGGCAGGCCUUCCAGGUGGCCUACAUGGAGUUCCUGAAGGCGAACGGGAUCGAGGAUCCCGGGAUCCUGAAGGAGAUGGACUACCAGGACGUGCUCAACCAGCAGGAGAUCUACGGGGAGGAGCUGCAGCUGUUCGCCAACAAGGACCACCACAAGGAGGUGAUCGUGCCCAAGGCAAAGGGUGAACCUCUCGGCGUGGUGAUCGUCGAGUCUGGUUGGGGGUCGAUGGUUCCGACGGUCGUCCUGGCCAACAUGGCACCCAGUGGACCGGCUGCACGGUGCGGUCAGCUCAACAUUGGUGACCAGAUAAUCUCCAUCAACGGUAUCAGCCUGGUGGGUCUGCCCCUGUCGGCCUGUCAGAACCAGAUCAAGACGUCUAAACCUCAGACGGUUGUGAAGCUGACGGUGGUCCCGUGUCCGCCUGUUGUGGAAGUCUUGAUAAAGAGACCCGACGUCAAGUAUCAGCUCGGAUUCAGUGUACAGAACGGAGUGAUCUGCAGUUUGUUACGAGGAGGAAUUGCGGAGCGUGGCGGGGUGAGGGUCGGCCAUCGAAUCAUCGAGAUCAACAAUCAGAGUGUUGUCGCAGUGCCUCAUGAGAAGAUUGUGUCUGUGUUAGCUAGUUCAGUUGGAGAAAUCCACAUGAAAACCAUGCCAACAUCAAUAUUCCGCCUAUUAACAGGACAGGACACACCCCAUUAUUUAUAAACAGAUGAGCCAGUAUUUGUUUAAUUGUGCAUAAUAAUUGUUAUUCAGGAUAGACACCUUUCUUGAGUCUCAGGCAAUGGACUUUAUUAAAAUAUGUAUUUGUAUAACUAACUACAUCUGUGUAUUCACAAGGGCCACUUUUCAAACUGGAAGGUGGUUGUUAAGACAUAUUCUAAAACGAAAGCAAGAUGAAAGAGGUUUUCUAAGAAGUGGUUUUUCUUGUUGUUUUACAACACCGCAAAAACGAAGACAUUUGGUAUCCAGAAAUAUUCUUGAAAACUGCAAAAUUGAGUGGAUAUUCUGGAAUGUGCAGAAUGGAAAAGAUAUGGUUAAGAAGAGAGGUUGUAGAACACUGCAAAAUGGAAGAGAUUGUUGUUGAGACAUUCUAGAGAAUUGCAAAAUGGAAGAGAUAUGGUUAAGAAGAGAUAUGAUUAAGAAGAAAUAUUGCAGAACAUUGCAAAAUAGAAGGGAUUUGCUUAACAAGAUGGACUAGAUCAUUGCCAAAUGGAGAUUUGCAUGGUUUAGAAGACAAAUCUGGAAAACUGCAAACAAAGACCAUUACAAAAUGGAGGAUAUUUGGUUUGGGACUGUUCUGAAAGAUUCACUGCAUAAUGGAACAAAAAACAAAGCAAUUAAUUAGUCUGAAGAGGAGUUUUCUGCAUCUGUUUUGCGAAAAGGAAUACGUUGUGAGGAAGCCAAAGAGAAAGGGAGACUAGUUGUGGUGGAUAAUAUACGAUUAUAUUUAUCUACCAGCGGAAGAUUCACUGUACACUUGUGGCCAACAACUCGUGAAUGCCUCAUUUCUGUGACUUUAUGUUUCAAAUUCAGUUCACUCUUAACCCACAGUGUUUGAUUGUGGUUGUUUAACACUUUGUGACGUCUCAUGAAAAAUCAGCGUUUAAGAGUUGACUCGCUGAGGUUAGCAUUGACCUGCCUACAGAGGUUAUGACACUCUGAGGUUAACUCGGACAAGAGAAACUUAGUUUUGAGUUGUGAGCUAUAUUAGAUCAUUUUAGGCUGCUUUUUGCAGCAUGUUACACUAUCACAUACGUUUUAAUGGCAUGUAUACAUGUAUGUAUUCGUGAAAAGAGAAUGAAUUUUACUGCCUGUGUUUUAUGUCCACUGAAAUGUAAAUGGUAACUAUUUAAACAGCAACACCAAAAUGAUGUAGUGUCUUUACAGAAGAUGUCACAGAAGGCCGGUGAAUGCAUCUUACUACACGGCUGGCAGUGAUAUGCAUGUGUUUGUACAAAGAGAUUUUACUUUUACCACCUAUCGUUGGUCUAUCUAUAAACACGGCUAAAUUCAUGUACUUACAGCAUCACCAAAAUGUUUAUAUCUCUUUGUGAGUGAGGGAGACAUCACACACAAAAAUGUGUUGUAUACGCCUCUUCGUAAAUAUCUGACCAUAAUGUGCGAGUCGAGGAUUAUUUUUAGUUGCUUUCUUCUACAAUCUCUACAUUCCUUCCUUUUUAAAAUUAAAAAUUUAAUGUCUGUGACCGUGAUUUGAGAAAACAAGUACCUGUAUGUAAAAAUCACUGAUUCUUAAAUGUCACCAGUUGUGUGUGAAUGACGUGUGAUGCAUUUAAUAGAAGACAACAGUGCAGAACAUUUGUAAUGCGAGAGGCAGUUGAAAUAUAUGAGUUUGUAUUUCAUGUUUAUACAUAUACGUAUGUAUCAGUAGAACUAUUCAUGAGCAGAAUCGAGUACAUUGUAAUAUAGUUUGCUUUUUCUUCACCUGCUUAAAAAUUACGUGCUCUACCUAUGUGAUACGUUUUCUUAUUAUCCUCAUGGUUCAACAUAACCGAGUUAAUAAUAAUCAUACGAAGCACGUGUGUAAUAACAAGUGUGAUGAUGUAAUUUUGUAAAGUGAUGUCAUAACAUGAUUGUUGUUUUCUCCAGUCCUAGUUAAGACAUUGCAUGUGAAAUAUUCAUAUUGUUAUUCAUAAAGAAAACAACAAUAAUAAUAUGGAUAAUAAAGAAAUGAUUAAACUCGCAUGCGAGUUGUAUUGAUUUUACGAAACUCGUGUCACGAUUCAUGUAUUACCCUCGCUCUUACUCGGGCAAUAUAAAAAUCCUGACACUUGUUUGGUAAAAUCAGUAUGACACACAAGCUCGUAUAAUAAUCUCUACUUACUUGUCCCAGCUUUUCCCUGCAUACAUUCUACCAUUAUAUUGUUCGUGUGUUCUGUCAUUUUGCUUUGAUUUCGGCAAGGUGAUCAGAUUAUUUGCAGUGCUUGCUUUUCACAAUUAUGAUUGGUGUCUUAUAAAUCAGGGGUCUAGAGCAUACAAUACUUGAUGAAUUCUCUCACUUAUAAAUCAGGGGUCUAGUACACGCAAUACUUGACGAAUUCUCUCACUUAUAAAUCAGGGGUCUAGUACACACAAUACUUAUCAGGGGUCUAGUACACGCAAUACUUAAUGAAUUCUCUCAGGGGUCUAGUACACACAAUACUUGACGAAUUCUCUCACUUAUAAAUCAGGGGUCUAGUGCACGCAAUACUUGACAAAUUCUCUCACUUAUAAAUCAGGGGUCUAGUGCACGCAAUACUUGACAAAUUAUCUCACUUAUAAAUCAGGGGUCUAGUGCACGCAAUACUUGACGAAUUCUCUCACUUAUAAAUCAGGGGUCUAGUGCACGCAAUACUUGAUGAAUUCUCUCAGGGGUCUAGUACACGCAAUACUUGACGAAUUCUCUCACUUAUAAAUCAGGGGUCUAGUGCACGCAAUACUUGACGAAUUCUCUCACUUAUAAAUCAGGGGUCUAGUGCACGCAAUACUUGACGAAUUCUCUCACUUAUAAAUCAGGGAUCUAGUGCACGCAAUACUUGACAAAUUAUCUCACUUAUAAAUCAGGGGUCUAGUGCACACAAUACUUGACGAAUUCUCUCACUUAUAAAUCAGGGGUCUAGUACAUGCAAUACUUCACGAAUUCUCUCACUUAUAAAUCAGGGGUCUAGUGCACGCAAUACUUGAUGAAUUCUCUCACUUAUAAAUCAGGGGUCUAGUGCACGCAAUACUUGACGAAUUCUCUCACUUAUAAAUCAGGGGUCUAGUGCACGCAAUACUUGACGAAUUCUCUCACUUAUAAAUCAGGGGUCUAGUACACGCAAUACUUAAUGAAUUCUCUCAGGGGUCUAGUGCACGCAAUACUUGACGAAUUCUCUCACUUAUAAAUCAGGGGUCUAGUGCACGCAAUACUUAAUGAAUUCUCUCACUUAUAAAUCAGGGGUCUAGUGCACGCAAUACUUGACGAAUUCUCUCUUAUAAAUCAGGGGUCUAGUGCACGCAAUACUUCACGAAUUAUCUCACUUAUAAAUCAGGGGUCUAGUGCACGCAAUACUUGACGAAUUCUCUCACCUACGGUUUCUGUGUGAUAAAUCCAGGGGCCUUUUCAUAAAGCUCUUAAACAAGAUUGCAUCAUCCUUGCAAGUGUUUUUGUAUUACACGGCAAGAUCCCAAAGUUAAAGAGACUUUAGUGAAUUUAGGCUCCAGGGGCCUAAUUCACAAAGGUCUCUUAGGCUCUGCUAGACAACCAUCCUCUUUGUAAGUCUUUUAGCAUUGCACUGUGAGGUCGCAAAGUUGCAAGAGUUAGUGAAUUAGGUCCCAGAUACUUUAGCUAAACCCAAUAGGUUAAUUAUGACAUGGAAACUUCCUGUAGUCUGUUGAUUGAUGGCAUUCAAUGACUCCUAUGGUGAGGUGUUUUUGAGUGAGAAUCGUGUGUGUGUCCAUGCUUUUACUUCUAUAGUUCUAACCAUAUCCAGCGGGUUACCCACAUAAAUUGUAAAAACUUUACAACAGUAUUAUCAUUAUUAUAAAUCUCAGACCAUCUCAAACAUGGAUUCAGAAUCUUUGAAAAAAAGAUCAGGCUGAUUUCUGUUUAAUUUUGUGGUUAUUCUUACAUUCAGUAACAUAUACCAGUACGGUUCAGUCAUUCUGUCCUGGGCACACACUUCAACUACCAACAGGGCCUGUGCUUAUAAAACUUGUAGAGUCCAGACUCAAUCUCUAAUAAUGUCACACGCCUACAAUUUGUAUGGCGUUGUCAUAACAUUCACGUCUUGGACUCUAAUAGUCUCGAUUCUAGACUCUAAAAGUUGUAUAAGCACCAGACCAGGACAGGGAAUAAUGGUUAGCUUGUUUGUGGUUAGUUAGUGAGAGAGAAGCUAAUGUAGAGGUCUUACACAUCCUCACUGGAGACGUUAAAAACUUGUUCACAUUUGGUGCCAGUACAGGUGCGUGUGCAGGAUGUUUUGCAGGAGGGGGUCUAAAAACUUCUUCACAUUUGGUGCCAGUACAGGGAUGUUUUGCAGGACGGGGGUCUAAAAACUUCUUCACAUUUGGUGCCAGUACAGGGAUGUUUUACAGGAGGGGGUCUAAAAACUUCUUCACAUUUGGUGCCAGUACAGGGAUGUUUUGCAGGACGGGGGUCUAAAAACUUCUUCACAUUUGGUGCCAGUACAGGGAUGUUUUGCAGGAGGGGGUCUAAAAACUUCUUCAC